AUGCAAGCCUGCGUGGUGGUGGUGAACCCCCAGAUCGAGCGCUUCCGAUGCUUCGACUUCGUGACCUACUCCAAGGUGGAGAGGGCCGAUGCCGCCAUGGCCACCUCGCCCCAGGCCGUGGACCGCAACACGGUGGAGCUGAAGCGGGCGGUGUCCCGGGAGGACUCGGCGCGGCCCGGUGCCCACGCCACGGCGAAGAAGCUCUUGGUUGGGGGCCUCAGGGGAGACGUGGCCGAGGGCGAUCUGAUCGAGCACUUCUUGCAGCUCGGCACCGUAGAAGAGGUCGAGAUUAUUGCCGACAAGCAGUCCGAGGCCGUGGUGGUCAAGGUCCAUCCGAUUCAGGGCCAUUACGUGGAGGUGAAGAGGUUCGUCUCGAAGGAUAGCCACUCCUGGGGGGGGCUCCCAGUAUCCUGCGACCAGGAUGGGCACUGGUUGAAGGCCCACAGCUCGCAGGAGGCCCUGGACCCAGGAACAAAGCAAUGUUGA